UCCGCGCAUGCGCACUGUCGCACCCAGCGCUCGUGUGGGGCCCGUGAGGAUCCAGCGGGAGUGUUUGCUGUGUAAUGGCGGCCUCGGUGUUGCUGUCCGCGGAAAACGCCGUGCCCACUUUUAACGUCGGCCACCCCACCGGAGUCGCAACGGCGGGAGUUACUGGCCAUCACGGAUUAUCUAAUGCUCCCGGAGCCACGUCCUGGAACCGCUCGCUGGACCGAGCGCUGGACGAGGCGGCGGCUACCGGAGUGCUCAACCUGAGCGGCAGGAAGCUGAAGGAGUUCCCGAGGAGCGCCGCCGGACACGACCUGACCGACACCACACGGGCCGAUCUGUCACGAAACAGGUUGACAGAACUGCCGGUGGAGGUGUGUAUGUUUGUAUCGCUGGAGAAUUUGAACCUGUACCAGAACUGCCUGCGAUCACUACCAGAGAGUUUGAUAAACCUACAGUCCCUCACCUACCUAAACAUCAGUCGGAACCAGUUGUCCACUCUUCCUGUUCAUCUGUGCCGUCUGCCUCUCAAAGUUUUGAUCGCCUGCAAUAACAAGCUGGUAUCUCUGCCCGAAGAUCUUGGCAAACUGAGACAGCUCACUGAACUGGAUGUCAGCUGUAAUGAGAUCCAGACCCUUCCUCCUCAGAUCGGUCAGCUGGAAGCUCUGCGUGACCUUAACAUUCGCAGAAACCACCUCGUUCGCCUUCCUCCUGAGCUGGCUGACCUUCCACUGGUACGGCUCGAUUUCUCCUGUAACAAGGUGACGUCGAUUCCUGUGUGCUACCGCAAUCUCAGACACCUACAGAGCAUCAUUCUUGACAACAACCCUCUUCAGAGCCCACCUGCACAGAUCUGUAUAAAGGGAAAGAUCCACAUAUUUAAAUAUCUGAACAUGGAGGCGUGUAAAGCAGCGUCAGACCUUCCAGAUUAUGACAGAAGACCACUUCCCUUCGGCUCCUGUGCUGAAGAUCUGUAUUCCGGCCGGCCGUACGGAGCAUUGGAUUCUGGUUUCAACAGUGUGGACAGUGGAGAUAAGAGGUGGUCAGGCAAUGAGCCAUCAGAUGAGUUUUCUGACUUGCCGUUGAGGGUUGCAGAAAUUACCAAAGAGCAAAGACAGCGAAGAGAGCGAGAGCGAGAGGAGCUGAGGACGGGCUCACACAUUACUAAUGGAACAUUGGAGUCAGAGCUUGAACAGAUAGACUUUAUCGACAGCAGUACAGGUGAUGAUGAUGAGGAAGAUAGGCGGAGCCGUCGAGGAGCGGAUUCAGUCAGCCUUAGCUCACAGUUCAUGGCCUACAUUGAAAGACGAAUAACCAGUGAAGGCUCACCUGUGAAGACCAGCCCAUCCAGAGACCAGAGGAAUGAUGAUCCAAAACGCCAAAGCUCUUUACAUAACCGGUUCGGGUCAGAUGUAUCUUCACAUGCAAAUCAGCGGUCCGCUGGUCUGGCGUCAGGUUCUGGUGCUGGUGUGGAGCGAGUGAGGCGAGAAGCACAUUUAGCAGCGCUGCGGUACGAGGAGGAACGACACAGAACCAGAUCAGGACAGAGAGAUGCUAUAAUGAGCUACGCCAAGAAUAAGUCGUCUCAAAGCCCUACGAAGCUCAGUCCAACAGACAGUGAGAGUCUGUACCCCUCUAGACGGUCCACUCACACAGAUGACUCUGCACUUUUUAUGAGUGAGUUUGAGCCUCUACUCAUAUUUGAGAUAGAUACAGAUACCAACACAAUAAAGAAGAGACCAGACCCUCACAAACAGUCUCUCUCUGCUGUUGCACUGGAUGGAUCUUUGUCUUCUGCUUUAGCUGUCGCCCCCUCCUGUAUGCCGCAGCAAGGUGAAGAUUUUGCCUCGCUGUCUCCCACUGCCGUUCAAUCCCCCAGUUAUCCCAGCCCUACUGCCCCGUCCCCUUCGCGCAGCUCCAUCCAACGACCUGAGAGUUACCUGUUUCGUCUGAGUCAGCGAGAGGAGAAGAAAAAAGCAGGAGAAUCAAGCGUGCAGAGGGCGGAGCCUGUGGAAACCACACCCACACAGAGCCCAGCCCCAACAGGAGAAGAGGCGGAACUGAUCGAACAACUGAGAAGGAAUAUCGAGUGUCGACUCAAGGUGUCUCUGCCCAGUGAUCUUGGGGCAGCUCUGACUGAUGGUGUUGUCUUGUGCCAUCUGGCCAAUCACGUGCGUCCUCGGUCCAUACCCAGCAUCCAUGUACCCUCACCGGCAGUGCCCAAACUGACGAUGGCCAAGUGUCGACGGAACGUAGAAAACUUCCUAGAGGCGUGUCGCAGAAUUGGAGUCCCUCAGAGUCAGCUGUGUCUGCCUCUCCAUAUCCUGGAAGAGAGAGGUUUAUCCGAGGUGACCGGGACCGUUCGUGCUCUCUUGGAUUUGGCUCCUCCAAAGAACACACCCUCGCCCAACACGACCCCAACCAGUACCAGCACUGUCUCCCCACUCGCUCUGUGAGAUUGACACUCAGACUGACCAGUAAACAAAUGAAAGCUGCUCCUAUAAUCCUAUACAUUUUAAUGACACCUUUCUGUCAUAGAAAGACCUUUGAACGGUUCUUUAACGGUAACACUCCUAAACAAACACACUAGUCUGGUCUGUGAAUACACAACAGCGCUCAGAUCACCGCAGGAGAUAAACAAACUGAACAGAGACUUCUUUUAACAGUUAUUUUACACUUUCAUAUCUCUUAUCUAUUAUGGGUGGUGUUUAAUUUUUAGUUUUUUGUAUUAUUAUUGUUAUUAUUAUGAAUAUUAUUAUCACAAACUCUCAGGUGAUGUGGGUAUGAGGCCAAACGCAGCCCUGUCAAUGUCUGGCACAUAUUUCAUCACAAAAUGAAAAAAAAAUGCAUUUUGUUUUUACAAAACAUGUUUUUUGGACCCAUACGAUUUGUGACAUAAAAUGUAAAUGCAAUCUUAAUGAUCCUAAUUUUGGAAACUUGUAUCCAGACAUUUUCAUGAGAUUCACCCAUGCAGGUGAUUACUCAAUUAUCUGAGAGUUAAUCUAAAAUAAAACUGUUAAGAACUUGUUUGUCCAACUCAUGUUUCACCCCAAAAUCAAAUCAGAAAUAAUGUUGUAGGACCACUGAGAUUUAUUUUCAGGAUAAUGUAACACAAAAAUUGUGUAAUUCAUUACAUGUUCUUCUUUUUGUAGUAAAAUAGUUUGUUAUUUAAAUGACAACUUUUUAAGCAUCAUAGUAGUAUCCGCAUUGCAUGUUUAUGCAAAAUAUAUUUUCUAUAUAUUAAUUUUGGGGUGAAAUGUGAUGAGGACGUUUCUGUGAGAUUCAUACAUUUAAAUAUUAGAUAAACGGCAUGUAUGUGACUGAAUUACACUAAAUAGAUUAAUGCAUGAGAGAUACAGACCUGCGUUCAUGUCUACUUCACAGGAGACAAGCUGGACUUUUAUUAUGUAGCCACAGGGUUGUGUUGUAAUGGACACUGUUCGUGCAACAAAACUAUUAAAACUUUAAAGUGAGCUCAGACUUUAUCGACCAUGUAAAAUUAAGAGGUAUAUUAGCAAGGUUUAGCAUGACGGGCACAAUUUUUUAACUAAUAUAUGUAAAAAAGUUUGAAAGAGUUAAACACAGUGAAUUAUUGAAUGCAACACUUAUAUUUUGUAUUGCUUUGGGUUUGCAGUCUGUGUGUCACUAAGCUGAUGUUGAUAGAUGGUAAAUAUGAGCAAGCACUAGGGUAUUGCUGUUUUUUGUUACAGUUCUUGCAUGCAGGGGAUUUUGGGUGUUGUUAGUCAGAAAUGGGGCGCUGUUUUUAUUUUAAAUGUUAAAAUUGCCUCCUCUGCAUGGCUUGCUUAUGUUUUGUAUGGCAACACGACACAUAAUAUUUCCUCCAUGGCCCAGAGCUGAAUUUGUGCCUUGAGUCUGAGACCCACAGAAAUUAUUCACCGUUUUAAACUGUGCCACACGCUGUUAGUUUUCAGAUGAAUCUGGCAUGCCAAUCUGAACUUCCAGUUGUGUUUGGUUUUUAUUUCAAGCCGAGCAUACGACAGUAAAUUUCACAAAAACUACACUGUAAAAAAUAAUACGCUGGAAUUACUUAAGUGCAUCAUUUCUGCACCCACUUUUGCAUAAAUUGCUUAAAAUUCUAUUCAAUACCUACUUAAAAAAAUGGAUGCAAAAAUUUCAUGCUUGCGUUUGUUGUAAAAAUGGAAAAUGCAAAAAAAAAAAAAAAAUAUGCAAAAAUCCAGCCUUUAUUUUUUCAGUGUAUCUGGGUCGAAAUCCAUUAGGAGAGUUUUGCAUUGUGAGUUUAUUUAAUGAUAAAUAAACAUGUUUGCCUCCCCUAUUCCUAUCGUGCAAAAAUAAAUUCUCAUUUCA